AGCGGCUUUACAACUUUACAGAGGGACAAUGGCGACGCUAUUGUUGAAUGUACCCCAAACUUUUUUUUAGGUCACAUAAAAGUAUUACAUUCGAUGGGGACGUGCUGCCUGCAUUCACUUAUUGCAUUCGUUUCGCAGUCAACAUAGAAGAAGGAUCGUCGCCCACGCAGUCCGGUGUAGUGCUAAAUCUAUGCAGUGAUCUAGUGACAGUGAGUGAAUAAGUGCAAAAUGACGUCAGCGGCCACUACUAAUCGUGCGCAUGAAAUGUGGAACAAUUGUGCCGACAUGAAUCAAGGUGACUUGCAAACUAAGCAAUACAAUUACAAACAUCCUAUGAUGCCAAGCUUGUAUAAUUACCAAAACAAUGCUUACAAUGGUAACGCAGACUAUUAUCACCCGUAUAUGCAAAGUGCUGACUUUUAUAAAGCUUACGGGAAUGAUCAAACUGAUACCGUAGUCAAAUCCGAGCCUAAUUGGCAAAACUAUCAUUCGAAUUACACCGACAGUCACGCCAAUAUGGAAAUGGUGAACAGGUGGAGAGAAAUGAACUAUUAUAGACAACAACAGCAACAUCAGAAUGCUUAUGGAUAUGAUCAGAGAAGUAAUGCGAUGAGAGAGGACACUCGAUCAAUCAAUUCUCCAGGUCAGUGCAGUAUACCAGAAACCAGCUACGGGUCGCCGCAAAGUGUAACAAGUGCUAAGCCAGCCAGCCCUGAGGCAGAUUCAGGGAAGCUACGCGCCCUGCUGUCAAAACCAAAGAAAAACGAACCAUACAAAUCAUACACGCAAGAAAUAUUGCAACGAAUGAUGAACCAAGCGGAUCCAAUCACGGACUGGGAAAAAAAGAACGAAAUUAAAGCGGAUAAGGAAUGCAAUUUGUCGCAAUUUCAUGGUGGAUACGAGGAAGGUCAGACGUCGAUCAAGAGUGCUGGUGGGGCGAAAGAAGCGCCGUCAUCGGGAGACUGUCAGGACGUGACGAGGGUCGAGGCGGGCGGGGACAAUGCGGAUUACGCCGAUACAAAGAUGGCCGCUGCUGCUGAUGUACAAGGAUUCUACCCGUGGAUGAAGACUAUUGGCGGUGACGACAAAAAAGAGGGAUCAAAGAGAACCAGGCAGACCUACACCCGGUUUCAAACAUUGGAAUUGGAAAAAGAGUUCCACUUCAACAAAUAUCUAUCUAGGCGACGAAGAAUAGAGGUCUCCCACGCCCUCGGUCUGACUGAACGGCAGAUCAAGAUCUGGUUCCAGAACCGAAGAAUGAAAGCGAAGAAAGAUGGAAAACUGAACGCUUCUCCAGACCCAUAUGGCGCUGAAGAUAUUGGUGCUACAUCUUUGGGAAAUAUGCCUGAAUAUAUGGACACUAGGCAAAUGCCUGUAGGUGUAGACUAUCCUGGAUACCAUAUGGGCCCACAGGCAAACUUAGCUCAUAUGCCUGCGAUACCGCAGAACUGUAUGAUGCCUCCAUACAACUUACCUAAAAUGUGACACGAUUUAUAUUUAUAGUAAAAGUUGAUUUAUUAUUUCGCUCUUUUGGCGAUUGGCGUAAAAAGUCAAUCCAACAUUGAACCAAUGUUAGAGGGUUCUUUUUUAUAUCACACUUGCAUAUUCGAACGAUGUAGAGGUAUAUAAAGAUUUUAGUUUUCUUUUAAUCAGCGGUAGUGCUCGCGUACGCGUGCACAAUACUGCGCAAGUGCACGCGCUAAACGCGGCGUAUUGUCAAUAUUGUCAUCAAGUUGGUAACACGGUAACACGUGUUAUUGGCCAAUUUCAAUUAUAAUAGGACAUAUUUUAAUUUGAUGCAAAAACUUGAUCAA